AUGUCAUCUCCUCCUCCCACCAAACCCCCUAGAGGGGUCAAACAAGGAAAAGAAACAAGUGGUUUGUUAAUGUCAGUGAUUCGCACCCUCUCUGCAAGUGAAACUAAUGAGCAGCGAGAGAAGGAGAGGGCUAAACUUGAGAAAGAGUAUAAAAAAAGUGAUGCCAGGCUUGAUGAGCUGGUGGCUAUGCAUGCCCAGGAAAUAACGGAGGUCAUGCAGAAAUUCAGUAGUGUGGUCUCAGCUCUGACGGUAUGGGGUCAACACUGCGAUGCGGUUGUCGCACGACUAGGCGCAUGCCGUGGCUUAUUACGGUUGCGUCGUGAUGACUUGAAAAGGCUCUGGGCAGAUGCACGGACACAUCAUUAUGCUCUGCAAAUGCUUACAGAUAUUGAACGAGUAGUGGUGUCUGAACGCGAGGCCCGUGAGUCUUUAGCGGCUGGUCGUGUGUUGGCGGCCGCCCUCACAUUAAAAGCUGCAUUGGAUACGGCGGAUACUACACUGUCGCAUGUUGAUGCGCUGAAUACAACUCGACAACAUUUGCAGGCGAAGAAAUGCGAGCUAGUGGACGUGAUAGUCCGGCGGCUGAGCGAGGCGGUGUACCGCGACGAUCGCGCCCCCCUGUCGCGCUCGCUGUCCGCGCGCAGGAGGACCGCGCUGCUGCUCGCCGAGUUAACAAAGAGCGAGGAAGUGACCGACGCGUAUCUCCAAGAAGUGACCCCCGAGUUCGAAGCGUCGCUGUCUGAGGAGGAUAAAACAUUUGAGACGACUGUCAUGAUAUCACUGGAAGCGCUGGGAGUUUUGGAACAACUGAAAGAAGCUACUGAGAAAUUUAAAUGCCAAAUCCAAAACGAACUCCUUGAAGUAAUAGACUCAGUUUCCCGGCGUAUUAUUGAAGAGGGAGAGGUAGAAGUGGAUGUAGAAUUGGAAGAGGAUGGUGAGAUACCUGACAGUGAGGGUGUGACAGAGACGGGGCGACCACUCGCGAGGCUCGUUACUAGCCUCAGUGAAGAGUUUAGGGCUUGUGCUACAAGAAAUAAGAGAUUAUUACUUCUGUGGAGAGCAUCGCUACAAAAAUAUCGUUUAUCCGACUCUUGCCUCCACACAGAGCAACAUUAUUGGAGUGCGGUUCAACAAGUCCUGCAGCUGCUGCUGACGGAGUACCUGGAGAUAGAGAGCGUGAACCUGGCGGCGCAGCUCCGCGCGGCGCCGGCGGAGGGCCCCGCCGACCUGCGCCUCGCCGACUACUUCGCCAAGAGGCGCCCGCCGCACCGACGGACCAAGCUCUUCAAGCUGCAAGGUGUGUCGGUGGUGGCGGCGCCGCUCCCGACGCGUGGGCGCGCGCAGGCGCCGGUGUGCCGGCCCGCGCCCGCGCACCUGCACGCCGUGCUGCCCGCGCUGCACGCGCUCUGCGCCGACAUCGAAGUCGGUCACGGUGUGUCGGUGGUGGCGGCGCCGCUCCCGACGCGUGGGCGCGCGCAGGCGCCGGUGUGCCGGCCCGCGCCCGCGCACCUGCACGCCGUGCUGCCCGCGCUGCACGCGCUCUGCGCCGACAUCGAAGCCGUCACGCUCGGAGGAGAAUGUUCUCUCCGAGCGUUCAUUACCGAUUACGUACGUUCAGGAGAGAGUGAACGUCUGGCGGCGGCGGCGAGGUCUGCCAUCGACGAGGUCAUGAGGUCGCCUAGCGCUUGGAGGGAAAGGGGACCUCCUCCUACUAAUGUCAAGUCUGGGGCGGGGCACCGCGUGAUCUUCACGUGCUGCGGCAGCGGGUGGCAGGCCGUGUGGGCGGCGGCUCGCGCGGCGCGGCGGUGCGCGUGGUGCGGCGGCGCGUGGGCGGUGCGCGCGCCGGCCGCGGCGCUGGGCGCGCUGGCGGCGCACGCCCGCGCCGCUCACUCGCGCCUGCGCCCGCCCCCCGCGCACGCCAGCCGCGCCGCCAAGUGGCUGGCCGACGACGACAUCGUGCGCUUCCUGCAGUCGCUGCACAACUGGCUCGCGCUCACGCAGCCCGCCACGCGCGCCUCGCCGCAGGACUUAAAACAAGCGUACGAACGUGAAGCCGAAAUCCUAGGCUCCAGUUUAGGUGACGGAGCCGUAACCCGUAAAGAGAUUAUAUCUGACACGAAUGCACUCGCUGAUCUUGCUGUGUUAUGUGAAACUAUGGACUGGCUCAGCACAAACAUUCGAAGUCUCCCCUCAAUGCUUAGCGGCUCUGGUUCUGUGAAGUUAUCGGACAAGUUCUUGAACGACAUAUCUUCCGCCGCAAUGAUAUUCGAUGAGAUCUCGCACAAGUGUCUGCUGUUCCUACAUUUAGAGAUGCGCAUCCAAUGUUUCCACUACCUGGGCCAAGAGGAACGUUCUACAGACAAUACCGAAGAAUCCGAAGGAGGAGGCGCAGCACAGCUUGCGCAGGCGCUGCUGUCGUUCCACGAGCAGGUGCACAACGUACUCGCUCCACAUAGGCUAGCGUACAUAAUGAACGGUGUAGGCGAGAUGAUGUCUGCGGGUGUGGUGUGGCGCUGGCAGGGCGAGGCGGGCGCUCGAGGCGGGGACGCGCGCCUCGCCACGCUGCGCCACUGCCUCGCCGCGCUGUCGCUGCCCCACGGCGGCCUGCACCGCGCGCACGCCUACCUGCACCUGCUCACGUGCGCGCCCGAGGAAAUAAUAACAGCAGUACGCGAGAAAGGUGCCCAAUUCACGGAGUUAGAAUACUUAAACGCUUUCAAAGUAAUAGAAAAUCGCCGCGGCAUACCUCCGGCGGAGAUGCGUGUACAUCUCAAACAGCUGUCUGCGGCAUUAGGUCACGUCGGAGUCACUGUGUAA